GUCAGAUAGCAGCGCUCUUCAAUGUCAUAAUUAGCCAUCGGAAACAAGGCCCCCACCCUCGCAACAUGAUAUGGGCAAUACCCUCACCCACAAAACACCGCCCACCGACCUCGGCAGAUGGGAAACGCUGCUCAUAAGCCAGCGCCACAACGUGCGCGUGUCUGAGCGCCCGCUCGCAGCUUUCUUACUCCCGGACCCCGAGUAGUAUACCCUCCCUCGCCGUCGCUGGCCAGCCCGAGAUGUGGGCGCCUUCCACUCUUUCGACUAUGGCAGCGCUGCUGGCGAUGCAGCCGCUGGUCGCUGCUUGGGCGCCGGAUCACAUCCUGCGCAUCAACAACGCGACAGUGGCCGCGGACUGCACUGAGCGACAGUCGGUGACGAUCAAUGGGACGUCUCCGGGCCCGACUUUGCGCGUGAGGGAAAGCGAUGAGAGCGUCUGGAUACGCGUCUACAAUGACAUGGAGGCGGAGAAUACGACGCUUCACUGGCAUGGAAUUUCGCAGUAUGGAUCUCCAUUUGCAGACGGGACGCCUGCGACUAGUCAAUGGCCGAUCGCACCUGGCGGUUACUUCGACUACGAGUUCAAGCUAGAUCCUGGCUCGGCCGGAACGUACAUGUACCAUACCCAUGUCGGGUUCUCAGUGGUGACUGCAUACGGCGCGCUCAUCGUCGAGGACAAGGAGGCACCCCCAUUCGAGUACGACGACGAGCGGCUGGUAGUCCUCGGCGACUUCUACUACAAGUCGGACUACAACCUCUCCUCCGGGCUGCUCGCAGCCCCAUUCCAAUGGACGAACGACCCCCAAGCGCUUACUGUCAAUGGCAACGCGUACGGAGAAUGCGAUCCUGCAGUCAAGACAUGCAAGUCCGGCUGCCACACCGAGGUGAUCAGCGUCGAGCCCGACAGGACGUAUCGAAUCCGAGUGAUUGGGGCAACGGCGCUUUCGUUCUUGUACAUGGCCCUCGAGGACCACCCCGGCUUCGAGCUCAUCGAAGUCGACGGCGACUACGUCAACAAGCAUAACGCCUCCUUCCUCGAGGUCGCCUCCGGCCAGCGCUACUCCUUCCUCCUCCACACCAAAAGCGUCGACGAGCUCCGCGCGCUCGGCAAGACGCGCUUCUGGGCGAACCUGGAGUCCCGGUGGCGCACGACGCGGAGCUAUGGGGGAUGGAUCUUGGAGUACAAGGUGGACGACCUACUGGCGGAGGGCGCUGACCCGAAUGCGAAGGUCCCGCAGCUGAACAAGACGAUACCUUUGCCGGCCGAGGCACCGUUUUGGGUCAUGAAUGAGUUGACGCCGUUGGACUCGACGCAGGCUCCGCCGGAGGAUAGCGAGGUUUCGCGCGUCAUCUUGGUCGAUGGGACGCAGUUGAACUCGGGGGAUAAGGCGCACCAGAAGACGUUUUGGCAGACACAUGGGUAUAUGUACACAGAGGACAUGCCCUCAGUGCCCUACCUCAUCCAAGCAUACGAAGGCGGACUCAACAUCGACUACGAUGCCGCUCUCGCUAACGACGGGUAUGACAACACCACGCAUUCGAUGCCCAUCCGCGCGGGCGAGGUUGUCGACAUUGUGUUUCUCAACGUCGCGAGCCCGACCGGCACGCUCGAGGCGCAUCCGUGGCAUAUCCACGGCAAGCACCCGUAUGUCAUGGCCUACGGCCUCGGCGAGUUCUCGCAGGAAGCGUACGUGGCGGCCCGCAAGAACAUGACCGCGCCAAUCAAGCGGGAUACUGUGAUGGUCUACGCCGGCCCCGAAGGCAUGGCCUACUCCAACACGACGAUCCCUCAGGGGCAGGUCGCUGGGUGGACCGUGUUCCGCCUUCGCGCGGAUGUCCCGGGAGCGUUCAUGCUUCAUUGUCACAUUCAGCCUCAUUUCACGAUGGGCAUGGGCACGGUGCUGCUGAUUGGGAUGGAGGAGCUUCCGCCGCUGCCGGAUGGCUUCGCUGACCAGUAUUUGACAUACAAUGCCACGCCGCCCGCAGAGCCUUUGAGUUUCUUUGCUCAUGCAGGGUCCAGGUCUACUCGAAGAUCACAUUAGUUAUCCCUUUCACAUAUUUAUGGCGCUUAAGUUAUGUCAGAACACGUACAUACCUACUGAUGUCAAUCAUUCAUCCAUCGAUUGAAGGAGUCUGGGCUUCUCGUUCUCGUUCUUCUGUCAUGGCGGACAGGGACUAGCGGCCUUUGUCGCAGCAGUGCGUUGGCUUCGAGGCUAACGAAACAUACUAUAUAUGGCAAGUUUUGGCGCUGACCGUGGUUGAC